AUGGAUAUUGAUUUGGCACUUCGUGAGGAUAUGCCACCCGUCCCCAUGGAGAAAACUAUGCCAGAGGAGAAAAAGUUGUAUGAGAGAUGGGAGCGGUCAAACCGCUUAAGUCUUUUACUCAUACAAAAUCAUAUCUCCAGAAAGAUAAGGGGCUCAAUUCCUGAUUGCAAAACUGCAAAAGAAUUCUUAACAGCAGUAGAAGAGCAAUUUGUGAGUUCAAAGAAAGCCCUAGCCAGCACCUUAAUAUCGAGGUUUGCUUCCUUAAAGUAUAAUGAUAAUGGUGGCAUACGCGAGCACAUUAUGGAAUUACGUGACAUCGCUGCCCAAUUAAAAUCAUUGGAAGUAGACAUGUCAGAGACUUUUCUUGUACACUUUGUUCUUAAUUCUCUGCCUAUGGAGUAUGCACCAUUUAAGAUCUCAUACAACAUACAUACAGAAAAAUAG